AUGGGCCACAGACACAACAGACGCCAUUCUCGAUUAAGACCAAACCGCAACUGCAACAUCGAUACCUUCAAUUCCACCCCGAUCGACAGUGAUCUCUUCUCGCGAUCCCUCGCCCCGACCUGGCAUUAUGGAUCCGUGAAUUGGACGCACGAUCGCCCGCUGCGGUUUGAGAUGGAGCAGUGUCGACUUUUUGGUGAUGAACCCGGGGAUAAUUAUGGGCUUUGGAAUACUUUGGCGGCCUCGACUACAUCAAUUCUCGAGACUCCCCGGAUGAUUGAACGAAAAAGUUAA